AUUAGUCCGCACACACAUACACACUGCCCACUCCAUCCAUCCCUCUCAAUCCAUCUCUCUCUCUCGCGAUCUGCUAAAUGUUAUCCUACGGACAGUCCAUGUCGUCCCACUCCUGCCGCUUGUCACCGACAGAUACAAACGCGCCCGACUCAAACUCAUCUCUGUCCAGCAACGCCAUCAAGCGACUCGUGCUCACAUCUACACACCCGCACCAAAACAAACACACAGAGAUCCACCCGCACCCACAGGUCCGUGUCCGUGCAGUUGGCGUACGUGGGUCGAGGAAUCCGUUGGUCGCGUGCAGUCUGCGGCACUCGUCGGUGAAUGCCUGGUUGACACAGCCGUUCUCGACCACAGGCAGCGUCAUGCCCGUCAGCAUCCGGCCUGGUGCGAAGCUCAGCGUCUUCACAUCAACACGAGCACCACCAUGGCUCUCGCCUCUCAACUCGUCCUGCCUCUCUGCCGUGAUGACCUUCGUCAACAUGGCCCUGCCUGUCUUGCAAAGGCCAUAUAGGUUGAAGCCCGCAUAAGCCCCAGUGGCUGCGCGCGACGAAAUGUCGACGAUGCGGCAGCUGCUGACCGGACGGGUGGCCGUGGCCGCUGGCUGCUGCUGCUGAAGCCACUGCAAGAGGACUGAGCAGAUGACGGUGGGCGCGAUGAGGUUGACCUCCAUGUUGGUCUGCACUUCAGCUGCGGUCUGGUCCCGGAUGUGGACAAUCGCACCGAGUGUGCCCGAGUUCAGAAAGACAUACCUGAAAGGACAGACAGGGAUCUUCUCCAAGGACGGUUGGCAUUGCAAAGCCUUACAUGUGGUCGAAUGGCCCGUGAGUCUGCUGUUCUCUCUCAAGGACAUCCCUGAACCGCUCGGGAAGCCACUCUAGGUCAGCAAGAUCCAACCUGCAAUACAUGGACGGACGGAUGGUCUCAUGGUCAGAUCUAUCUAUGUCCUCACUGUUUGCCACCUCGCACGCCGCCGUCACUCUGUCGCCGCCCUCACACAUGGCCUUCACACGCUCCAGGCCAGCUUCGUCCUGACAUCCACACAGACGGCCAUGCAAACAAAUGUGUCCGUCAUCCGUACGGAAAGCUCACGCGCGACAGCAGGGUGAGAUGGACCUCCUCAACGCCAUUCUUCGCUCCGAAGUGGCGGGCAAACAUGGCUGCAAUGGCGGCGCCGUAGUUUCGACUUGCACCGGUGACAACCGCCCAGAAGGCACUCAUCUGCCGCAUUCAACAUUCAGCAGAGAUGUGCAGCUGUGUAGAUUGACACAUCAUCAUGCCUGUACUAGCCUGACACACAUCUGCGCAGGGGCACGUAUACCUGAUGAGGCAGAUGACUUUGGCGCGCCCUGACUGCUCAUGAUACACAGAUCUCCUUCUCCAGGUCUUCCCCUUUGACCAGACCUUCCAUUUCAGAGAUCCG